AUGAAAACAUCAUUGCGAAAGGAGGAUCAUCACGCAGAAUCGGUGUGGUAUUGCGGUCUACAAGCAAACUCAGGUUUUCGGUAUGAACAAGGAUUUGAACCAAGCUUUUUGAAAUUAUUGUACAAGCCUUCCUGCUUAUCCCGAACUAAGAACAUUAAAUCCAAAAAAAAAAUUAAAUUAUUUUGCGAUGAAGAGAAAAAACAAUAUGGCGAUGAUGAGCCUUUAAAAUUUUCAUUUGUUUGUAGCGGUGGUGACCUGAAUGUUUCGUAUAGUUUGAUAUUCUUAUGGGGACAGGAAACAAAAUUCUUCCUGUCUAUUUCAAGCAAGCUGCACUAUCUCCGUAAAGUGACUUUUCACGAAUUAUUUAAAGGAAUGAAAAAGGCGAAUUUAGGCUUGCCAACAUCCAAGGAGAUGAAACGAGUGGUUUGCAAUAAUUGCAGUCAUGUUAUUUUUGAAAUGAUGGACGAUAGACUUUUUAUUUAUGAUGUCGAAUCGUUCAAGAUGAAGCCUUUCAAAGUGCAUCGACGGGGUGAUCUAAUUGCUAUCGGAGCUGGUACGAUGUCUCCCUAUUUUUUACUUUAUACGAAACAGGAUCCUACUCAAUUUAUUGCCUAUCAAUGUGAAACUGAGACUGAGGAAGCAUUUCCAGUUCCAGAUGAUAAGACAAAAAUCAAAUUUAUGACAUCUUAUUGCAAUGAUUUAUUCAUAUUUAUUUUGGAGGAUAACAAAUUUUACAUUAGAAAAUAUGGGUCAGAAGCAUGCGGUUUUGAUUAUUACCCAAAAGGGCGUAUGGUUUAUGUAGAGACACCUUUUGAAAAGCGUUCUCCUGUGAUUCAAAUUUCAUCUGGUUAUGCACAUUUGGCAAUCCUUCUUCAAAGCGGAGCCGUAUUUGUGAGAGGGCUCAAUGAUCAUGGUCAACUCACAAGCCAUCCUGAAAUCAUUAUUGAAGACUUAUUUUUUGAGCUUAAUAUUUCUUCCCCAAUUCAAUCACUGUGUUGUGGAUCUAUUUGCACAUGUUUAAUUAGCGUAACAGGUGAAAUAAUUUUCAUUGGUCCAGUAGUACUGGAAUUAAAAAAACAGAGCAACAUUGAUCAAAAAUUUAGAGGGUACAACAAGAUUUGGGUUCUCAACAAAGAAUACGACGAUCAAGAAGUGAGCUUAGGGCCAUGGCAUGCAUUUAUUUACAGAAAACGGUUUCCUAUCAGAAAGUCAGAUUGGCUUUUCUUUUUGAAGUUGAAAGAACUCACCGGAAGAAGCGCAUUAAGUGACAUCAUGUUUAGUUUUAACGAAAAUUCUGAUUCUUGUUCACCAAUGAAGGUGUUCCAAAACAUUCUCAAUCUGACUCAAAAGAUUUUGAAGAAAUGA